UACCCGUGCAACGUCCUAAGUAGACCUGCGGAAGCGAAGGGCACCCGUUUAUGUUCCCAGCAUGACCGACUCGCCUGCGGUGAGAGCACCGCUAGACCCUACGGAACAGCCUGUUCUCGAUCAACUCCUCGGCGUACGCACCCAGCUUGAGCUCCUGAGGGCCGACAAGUCGACCUACGUCAAAUCCGAAGAUGUUAUCCGCCUCUACAACCAGCUCAUGGAGCAAGUCGAAAAGCUCAACGGCCUCAGAAUCGACAAGCGGCUUGAGCAGAACAGAGUGGACACUGUCUUGGAUGACUGCUUCCAGCUGAUAUCGCUGGCGUACAUGGCGAUAGGCAAAAAUCAUGAAGCUCCGGCAACGUACUCUGCCGUCUCCACCAUGAAGCGGCUAUUGGACCACCUUUGGGAAGCCGCUUUCUUCUCGCCAAAGGAUCUUGACGGGGUUAAGCACCGGCUAGAAGAAUAUCGCAGCUCGGUGGAGAGGGGCAAGGAGACUUACAGCCCGCACCUCCUCACUCUGCUCGAAGCGCGUAUCAACGUUUGCCAGCAACUACUCAACAAGCUGAACCACUCACUGGAAAAGCUAAGCCCAGAACUGAAGCCAACUUACGAAAAGUUGGUUUCGAUAUUAAGAUCGCUUUCAGCUUGCAACACCAAAUCCAAAUACCCUGCGUCAGAAGUGAAGGCGUUGCAUGAGCAAUUGAAGGCGAUCGAAGCUGAGCUUCAUGCCGAGAAGACAGUCGAUAAGGAUCUCCAAAAGGAGGACCGUAUUGCCCAGAUGAUGCAGCACAUGCAGGUCCGAGAGACGGAAGAUGCGCCAGAAGGAGAUGAAGUUGUCACGGACCUGCUCACUCGGUGCUUCCUUUGGCACGAGCUUAUAGAGCAAAAACAAGGCAAGAUCAACGAGAGGUUUGAGGAUGCUUACAAAAAGUUACUCAAUAUCCGGGGCCAACUCGAGAAGCUGCAACUUACGCAGGCCUGGUCCUUACGCGAGACCGAUCUCUACAGCUUCCAACGGCAGUUGGAUCGCAUCGAUGAGAGCCGCGUAGAUGGCAACUUCCAAGACAGUGAAGGGAAACCAGCGGAUAUCCAUGCUCAACGGACCCUCCUUUAUCUUCUCCGCAAGAGCUAUUCGAUAAUCUACUUCCUCAUUAUCUCUUCCGAACCUGUCUCGGAAGCUUUGCUGCCCAUAUACAACCAGCUCAACACUCUGAAAAGAUGUUUGGUGGAAGUCAGGAAAUCGGGCGGCGUUUCUUCACCCCGGGAACUGUAUCCAUACAGCAUGAAGCUAAACUCCAUUGACAACAUGCGCCAAGACGGUAAAUUCAUGAUUGGGAAUGACAUCCCCGACGGCCAAGGCGCAGUGAAUCACUUGUUGGCAGAAUGUUUUGAGCUUGCAUACGAAAUUCGGAUAGCGGCAGAGGAGGAGAACGAAGAGGGAAAUGAUGAGGCGCAGACUCAGGAGCUCGCGUCGUCCACGGCAGAAUAGUUCUCUUUUCCAAAUUUCCAUUUGUGUAUUAAUUAGACAACGUUUUUUUUUU